UACGAUUGAUAGAUAAGACUGGUCCCCCCGUCCUGCUUGCAUUGCAACCCUCAUUUACCGACGCGUAAGCCACGGCGCGUUACUCCUCGCACCUACCUACUACAUGCUAAACACAGGCCAAAACUGGGCGGAGGACUUGUUAGGUGUGUUGUAUAGUGUAGUCUUUGCUGCAGGUCGCUUGCGCAGAGGAUCAGAUGGUCUGUUCUCACUGUGUCGAUGUCCCCCCGCUUCAGAGUCGGCAUUUGAGCUAAAAGGAGCUCAUAUCAGCCAAUUGAGGGGUAAAAAGUCAGAUGUCAGAGUUACCCUGAACUCCGCACCUCUCCGGAUUCCGCUAAGGUCAGGUACUUCUGAUGCCGAACUGAACUGGACAGGCGAUGCGACGUCGUACUGUAGGAUGGUAGCAAAUCGAAAUUCAAAGAACCGGAGGACAACUCCAGAGGUGAUGUGAAAUGUGUGAUUGGUUAUGUUUUCUGAUGCGAUCUUGACAUCACAGUUGCUGUUGGGAGGGACCUUUGUUGAUGAGCUGCCAGACAGUUUGCGAUUGGAUGCAAUUAGCUUCUAGGCAACAGUGCUUUUGUGCUAUGACCGGGAAAAUUUGCUGAAAUUGGUUUAGUGAUUUUUUUAUAAACUUAAUUAUUUGCUCCGAAUACUCCUGAUAUCCAAUGUUACCUGGUUUCCUGAUCUCCAAUGCGCCAUAUGUUUCUUUCAUGAUUAUGACGCUCGAACGCUGCAAUAAAAAA